CUUUCCAGAGACGCUCCAUUACGACGUCGACGUAGGGUAAUAUUCCAGGAAAACGCGGAAGAGCAUUCAGAGAUGCAUUGAAGGAAUCGCCGUGCGUCGAGAAGUAUCGGUAUUUUGUCGUUAAGGUAAAAAAAAACGCCGGGCCCGGGUAAUUCGUUUUGGUGUUUUGACUUGUUUUAUUUUUCUUGAAAAUUUCGAACUUUUUUUAAGAAGUGAUGUAGAAAUUGAAUUAAGCAUGGAUCUUGACCUCUUUAGGCACUCCUCGCGAGGUCCAUCCCUUUCGAAGGGUUUUAAGUGAUGCAAUCUUCAAUUAGCACACCUUCAACGUUUGAUAAUAACAAUGAUAUCAAAAAAUCAAUCGAAAAAAUGAGCGAUUCCAGUAAGGGAAGCUAUCAAGCAAUAAAAUCAACAGAAUCGCUACAGAUCCCGAAAAAAUCAAAAAAGAAGACUGGCAUACACCUCAAUAAUCUUUGGUCGAUAUGGUAUGGGAUAUUCUUCACUGGACUUCAAUCUUACGUGGCCUACAAAUGUUUAAAAAGGAUAUUAGGCUAUUCUUUAUUAAAUUGGCCAGAAGGAUUGCCUUACAUGGAACUGAACUGUAGCUUAGGAUUAACAGGAGCUGCAUGUCUUCUACUGCCAAUUUUCAUAAGUGUUGCAAUUCUCAAGAUUGGUAAUUUGGCUAACGAUGGGUAUAAACUGGGUAAACAAGAUGGAACUUGUAGCAAAGAACCGCCCGAUUUGUUGAAAAAUGGUAGUUGCGGAUUAUUUAGGUACGGUGGUCCAACCGCACCGUUCAUUCAUAUCGCCAUAUCAUUUUGUCUGCUCAUUCCAAAUUUGCUCAUGGAAGCUAAACUCAUCGAAGCCGGAUUUUUAUCCCAAGAUAAAGUAUGGCAUACAGAUUUAGACUUUAUCGUAACGCAUCGGGAACGCGUUUUUCUAAAUUUCAAAACGUCGAAUUCAACCAUUUUGUUUACAACACCUUCUAUUCAAAAAGGAGUAGCACUACCGACAACAGUAGCUACAAAACCAAGUGCCAUGCCUUUUGUUAGUGCGCCAGUUGUAACCCACACGGUUAUCAAAACUUUGAAGGAUAUUAUUGGCCAUGAGAAUCAUACAAUACUAGAGAACAAGGAUUUAGAAACUGGCUUCAUGAGUUCUAUUAACAUCGAAUACACUAACUUAGCUCUGGCAUUGGUAGUCUACUCCAUUAGAUAUCCAGCACUUUUUUGGGCUACAAACAAGUGUUUGGGUUUAAUAUUUUCCUUCCAAUUGCUCAUAAAUGGAUUACAUAUCUUGUUGUCAUUCGCUGGUAUGUCUGUACUAUAUAAGGUUCAUGUUGUUGGGGUGUGGAAAGUACUUCCUCUUUUGAAACACAACGCAAAAGUAUACAAUUUUGGGAACCCUACCCCAUUUUUGCUAAAUUCACAAGUCACUUUCGCUCUUUACACGUUAUCAACAUUACUUGUUCUAGCAUCAAGCAUCGUUCUCUAUUUCUACGGACACACCAGAUUCAACGCUUUUCUGAAUCAGCAACGCGAGAGUAAAAUAAUCACUCUCAAAGAAGAAGGUACCGGGGGUAAUUUGUGGAGUUACUUCACCCAUUGUGCCGCUCUUUGCGUUCUCCUCUCUAUAGGAAUUUGUAAUGCUCCCCUCAUUCACGAUUACACGGUAGUCUACAGGGGUAGUUUGGACGAUGUCACCCUAAUUUGCAUCAUCGGGGGUAUUAUGCACUUAUUUUUCUGGAUUGUUAUAUGGCUGUUCUUGACAAUAAAGCAGAAGUGGACGUUUAAAAUCAGAGUUACGAUUGGUAGAGCGACAGUUAAAGAGUCGCGGUCUCUUCGGUUGGUUCACGAUGUUCACUUGAGCAGUCACCGAGAAGACGCUGCGCAACAACCUCUUCUAGUUAUUGGUAACGGAAGAACAUACAGUGUGUCCGAUAUUUCACCAAAGAGAGCCAUAAUGGGAGUUAUCCAAAAAGCAGCUCUCAUCAAGAAAUCCAAAAGUAACGGGUCCAUAACUACCAACGACGAUGCAGAGGAGCAGAUUUAUUGGCUUCGACCAGCCAUCGCGCCAUCUCAAAACUCUCCAGAUGGUUCAAAGUAUUUUUGCUGGUUCAAAAAAAAGCCAAAACAAAAAGUCACUUUUGAUGAAUCGACCAGUACAUCGGCAAAUCGCACAAAGAGCAGUGUGAGAAGAAGCACCAUCCCUGGAAUGGACGAAGACGACGGCGAUUACGCCACGCUUAGGGAACUACCCCUGCCGCCAACUAAUCUCUCUCCGAGAAUAUCCAACAGUGAUGAUACCGCUAGUGAAGAGGGAAAGCUUUUGGCUUGUGUUCACGACGAACACAUAACAUAUGCUAGCACCAACCAAGAUUUUGACCCCCCUGCGGAAACUUUUGAGGAAAGGAGCCCAUUACUCGAAGAAUCUUCUGUUAUUGUUCAUAAUAACUAUGAAAAUCAGACACAAAUUGGUACAGCACCGCGCUGUAUCCGUCGAGCCGAUUCUGGAAUUAUACCUCACGAGGAAAUUCCGGGAAGAUCCGACUCUGUGAGUACAGAGAGUUCCCAUUCACCUCCUGAUCUACCUGGAAGUAACCACAGCGAAACCUCCAGUGGUAUCCACUCGAAUGAUAGCGAACAACCGGCUCCGAAAACUGAAAACAUCAUCAAUAUCACAGAAAACCCAGCUGACAGUCAAGAAAGUACAGUCGUUAUACGUCGAAAAUCGAUGAGACCAAAUAAAACUGACAUAAUAGCCCCAGCUAUACUUGAAGAGGAUCCUUACGGAAGAUGUACCAAUAUGCGUAUGACUUCUUUCACAGACAAAAAUAAUGCGCAAUGUUCAGCAACACUUCCUCAUUAUCCAACACAACCGGUUCAAAAUAUUUAUCCGAAUUGUUCCACGAUGCCUCUACCGCAACAUUCUUCUAACGUUCAAGCUAACAUGGUGAACGGAAAUAGCUGUAAUGUAUAUCCAAGACACCACACUACUAUACCUACACAUCAUAACGGCGUCAAAUUGAUUUCGAGCCCCCACAAUCCUUAUGUUAAAAGACUGCAUCCCAAAGUAGGAGAAGGGAUUAAAUAUGAACCAAUUUAUACUGCUAUUAAUAGAAAAUCCGGUGAAUUAUUUCACUAUACUUCGUAAAACAAGGAUAGUACAGUUUAUAAAGGGUUGGUCAAUGUAUCAGCACAGUAUUACUACAAAAAUUUGAUCUGAAUGUAUUAGAAAUUUUCUAGAUCAAGUAAACAGUCGAAUCAUUCCAAACACGAACAGUCUAUUCUAUCUAACAUGGUUAUGGUCAAUAUAGAGAAAUAAUCAAAUUAUUGACACUGAUUCGUCUCGAUUCAACUUUAUACAGAUUAAAGCUUCAUCGAAUGUCAGACCUCAAAUACCAAUUUUAUAAUCUUUACUUUAAAACUUUAUAACCUAGCCUUGGACUAAUUGUUUUAAAUUGAAAUCUUUUUCUGAAAUAUUAUGCUUUAAAAUUUAAUCCAAACAAAGCGGUAAUAAGUUGUAAUUUUUCUUUUAUUUUGAUCAAUUUACAAAUUGUGAAUUUAUAGUACGGUCAAUUCAGCCCAAAAAAGAGUUAUGAAGCUACGAAAAUUUCGCAUGCAUAUAAAAACUAAAAAGAAUGUUCGGAACUCUAUUAUAAAUGAUUCCCAAAUUAUGAGAGUUGAUUUAUAAUGAUCGUAUUUUGUUCUAUGUCGCAAUUUUCUAAUGUUCCCAGAAGCUUAAUCUUUAUAAAUUAUAGUUUAUUAUUAUAGUUUUUUGAUGACCAAAAUCAUGAUUAAUGAAUUUGUGUCAUUCAUAGACGAUGUGCAAUGAAAAUGGCUGAUCCAUAAACUUUGCUCUCCUUAGCCGUAAAAUGGUUGUGUAGCUAUAGCUGAAUCGGAAAUCACAAUUUUAAGAGAUUAGGAAAUGGAAAUUUCGGAGAUAUGGGAAGAGAGUGGGUAAGUAGGACAGGAAAAUCAAUGUCAGAACGUUAAAUUCCAUUCCAAUUCGAGUAAUUUAGAUUGAAAAAGAGGGUCAACGUCAGAAUAUGAGACAAAAAGGUAUAAAUUUAUAAAAUCCUUUAUUUUUGGAAUGUUGAAAGUUAUCUUAAAGAUCCUAUAAAGUAUCGUUUUCAAGAUAUUUAUAGUCAAUGAUUACUAAAACAUCUAUUUCUAAUUGCAUUCUAAUUUAUCUUGAAAAUAGUAACGAAUUUCAUUUUUUGAGAUAAAAGUCAUAAAUACCGAUCAAACCCUGUAGAAACAAACACGAUUUAGUUGAUUUUACAAAGCUUAUUUUGUGGUCAAACAGCUUAAUAAAAUAUCAUUUACUUUAUGAAUAUGACUUAAUCUCUAUUGAAGUAAAAUACCGUGUGCUAUAUAAAUAAACAGAAAAUGAGAACGAUUCGCAAUUUACAUUAAAGCAGCUCAAAUAUAUAAUCCUAAUAUGUACCAAGACUCAAACAACGAUAUAAAAAUUUUUGAAGACCGGUUACGAAUUGUCUGCAGCAGUAAUUAUGAGAAGUCUAUGAUGUGCAGUUGAAAAAAAUUCCAUCCACUUCCAAGUAAAAUAUUUGAUAACAUUCUUAAGAAAUGCCAGAAAUUUCAAUUCAAAAAGUUAUAAUGAAAAAUUGCUCAUUUAGAAAUUCAUUAAUAAUAACUCAUUAGAACAUUAUUUUUCUUUAUUUUAUUUUCAACUUGAAAUUCAAUUAAUAUAAUUAAGAACGUAAUGAAAUAUAAUUAAAUUACCCAAUCCAAUAAUUUCUUAAUUACAGGAAUAAAAAAUUAAUACUACAAAUACAUAUUAUAUAAAUAAUAAAUAUUAUCAAGUAUUAUGUAUUUAUUGUUGAAUAAUGGAUUUUAAUUUAAUUUAAUAAUGAAUUUAAACUUAGAGUGAAUUGGAAAAUAUUUCAAACAAACCGUUGUAGAUUUUAUUUCCAAUAUUUUUUAUAAUAGUUACAAUAGGUCAUUGAAAAUGUAGGACCUUCAAUACCAAAUUUCAUUAGGCUGCUCAGACAACUUUUACGACACUAAAUUGAGGAAUUUUGAAAGAUUAUUGCUUAUUAUCUUGCAAUCAAAGAUGAAACUCUAAAUAAGUCCGAGCUGUUGUGAGAUGGUGAUAUUAUGUCACCUUUUUCAUGGAUUAACACUAAUUCGGGAUUAAUAUUUCCUAAAUUGUGAUAUUCUAGAAAAACAAAUUCAAAGAACACAAACUGUUUUUGACGCAACCAAGCAAGCGUUCAUAAGAUAAAUGUUUCGAAAAUUGGUUCUGGUUUCCGAAAUCUUCAAUAAAUUCGUUAAUCUACUAUGUUUCACUAUUAACAAUCGUUCAUUAAAUCAAAAAAUACAGAGUGUUUAUAAAUUCAUGAGACAACAUUCAAAAAGUGAUUUCUCCUCUAAAAUUAAGAUGGGUCAUUCCUAUAACAAAAUUUCUUCAAAGGUAAUAAUAGAAACUUGAAAUUGUUAUUUUUUAUUUUAAUUUUUAUUAUUUUUCUCAAUAUUUCUCUUACAUCAUACGGGGGUGAAUUGUAUUACAUUUUACAUCUUUACUGUUUUCCAUUCCAAUUAUAAAUUAUGGUGUUCAUUUUUUCUGUACAACUGUUUUGGAAUAAAAAUUAGGAAUAAAAAAAUAUUUUCAAAUAGGACAAGAAUUUUAAAUUAUAAUUUAAUUAGACCAGGGCCGGAUUAAGAUUUAUAAGGACCGGGGCUAAGAUAAUGACGGGGCCCCCUUAAGGAAUUCGGAAACCCGGAAAAAUUCACAAAAUAAUAUCAAUACGUUAGAUUUGUUGUAUCAACACAUCAAAAAAUACAGAAUGAUUUCCAAAUGAUGGGGCCCUCUUGGACCUGGGGCCCGGUGCUAUAGCCCCCCCCAAGCCCCUAGCUUAAUCCGGCACUGCAUUAGACUUCAUCUUCAAAAAAAAGUUGUGACAGGAGUAUUGAAAAAAUACUCGCAGUUAGUCUUCCGUGAGGUCCCGAAAAUUACAGAAUUUCAAGUUUCUAGCAUCACUGAACUUUUAGAAAAUAAAACUUAAUUCUAGUUACCACCUUUUAAGGGUGAUAUGUCCGAAAAGGGUAAACUGGGAAAAUUUUGUUAUAGGAAAGACACAUCUUAAUUUCGAACGAGCAAUCAUCUCCUAAAUCCUAUGAAUUUAGAAACACCUUGUAUAAAUCAAAAUUGAGCAGGAGUCUUUUAUAUUAAGUUUUUAUCUGUUCUAAUCUGACAGUUGCACCAAUUUAUAUAAAAACGAUUUCCUGAUAACAACUUACUUUUUCUCAUAACGCUCAAAACUGGUAUUCCGAUAUGAUAAUUAUUACUUUCCAUUCAGCUCUAGCUAAUUUAUUUAAUUAUAUUGGAAGAUAUACGUCAAGUCUUAUACAUAUACGCGCACUAGUCAAAAGGUCAUACUUUUAUAGAUUUAUUUAGACAAAUUUUUAUAUUUUGUAAAAUCGUUUUUAGGCAAAUAUCAUUAUAAAAAUAUGUGACAUUAGAAUUGUUGUAGCCUGUAUUUAUUGAAAAUCAUUAUGGAAGUUUCCAAUUGCUGCAAACUUAUUGUAAAAGAAAUCAAGUAUUUGUGGAUUCAGUGAGGGUACUUAAAUAGUACAUUCUUGUGAAAAAAUACUUCUCUCAUUCUUAAAACAGUAUUUUUUACCCUUUUCGCCGUACUCAACAAUUUUUAGUUAUUUUUAAAACAGUCAUAUGACUCUGGACAAUCUGUUUCUAAAUAAAUUCUCUUGAUUUUAGAUCUUGAAUAUAGAUAAUUAAAUUAAUCAAUAGAUCACUACAAACAUGAAUAUGAAAAGAUAUGUUUCAAUAUAAUUAUACAAAUUGUCAAUUUUGGUAAAGAUCGAAGUUCGAAACUUCUAUUCUAUUUAUAAAGUUAUAUGAAUCGGGAGCUCACUUUUCAUAUCAGGGAAGCCUGGUUCUUUUCUUCCCGCUACUUUACAUUAAAAUAGCAGAGAGUUUAUUACUAACAAGUUUUUUUAUUGAGAAAUUCGUCAGAAUCUACGCUUUUUGUAAUAAAAUCUAAUGAGAAAUAUUAACUUACUCUUUUGGUAUAUAUUAAAUAGUAUAAAAUGAACUUACAUGAUAGGAAGUACUAUAAUUUAGAAUAUAUUUGGCAACCCAAUUGCGAUCUCACGUCACAAAUUGGUUUUUAAUUCAAAAAAGUUGUGAAAUGUGUUUACCAGUAUAAUCAAAAUCGACAAUUCAUCUACUACCCAAUUUUAAAAACCAAAACGUGUAUUUAUCUUAUACGUGUGGAUAUUAAUAGAAAAUUUGCUAAUUAUGUGAUAUAUUACAUAGUAUUUCGAAAAUUAAAAUGUAUUUGAUUGACAAAUCAUACAUACAAUACUCAAUUUUUAAGUUCCUUCUUUCCUACUUUCAAAUUUGAAAGUCUAAUACAUUUCAAAUUUAUUGCUAUUCAUUCUUUAAUCCACGAAUAUACUACUCUAAAUCCUGUUAUUCUAAAUUAUUUUGCCAAAAAAACCCAAUAGUCAAAUAUUAAUAAUAUAACAAGAAAUUUGUUUUAAUUUGCUUUCAAAAGAUUUACCACCAUAUAAUCCGUUCUUUCCUCAUGUAAGACGAUAUUAAUAGCGAAGCCUACGAAGUGAAAAUAAACGUUUCACAAUCUAUUACCUUCGUAAACCGCCUGGUUUUUGCAGUACUGAUCCUAUUAGUUUGUAAAUUAAGUUUUGAUUUAAUCCUUUCGUUCCUUAUAAGCAGGUAUCAUAUUACGGGAAAAUAGAACCAGAAAGGAGAGAACAAAAACAAACAAAGCGUUUCGUGAAACAAUUUUUCCAUUAUAACAAUUUCGUUUGUGUCUGAAACACAUUCAGAGGAUUUGAAUCGAAUUGUUUUUAACGCAGUCUGUUAAGCUACGUUCACACGCUUGCCUAGGGUUGGCAAACGUAAAGUCCCAAUGCUUUACAAAAGAUGGAUAGUUAGUGUGCAGACAAACAUGGCGGAUAAUCUUCGGGUUCCUUACGCACGAUUCACUUUAAUAUACCUCGAGUAAAGCAAUAGUAUCGUCGCCAACAUGUUAAUACAUUGCAAGCGGUUACUACUUACUCAGUUUGAUCUGCAUUAAAAAACCGACGAUUGCCUUGAUCGGUUUGAAGCUCAAAAAAGCCAAACCAAACACUACGUUAAACGCUUGUGUUUUUAGACACUUGUGGAGGCUUUCCAAGCAUGUAUACAUAACAUAAUAACUGUAUGCCAAAAAUUUUGAUAAAAUAUGCCCACAUAUAUGCACUAAAAAUGUCGAAAUAUGCUCAAAAUAAACACAAAAACGAACGUUGACAUUUUAAUAGCUGCGGAUACCUAUGAAUGGAAUUUGUAUAUAAUUGUCACAAAACAUGAGACACUUUCUAUGGAACGAAUGAACGUUUUUCAUUUACAGAAUUACCAAUUUUACAUGAAACUUUUAAUGUAUCCGUUUUUUUGUUUUUCUAAAUUGUAGUUUUUACCACAAAACUUGUUUGUUGAGUUUCCAAUGAAACUUUUGUUCAAUAUUUAUUAUUAUUUACUGUCUUCAGCAUUAAACUCUAAAACCUGUUUCUUCAUUACUACUUCUAUUCCAACCCCACCUAGUCAAUAAUUAAAGGGACUUUUGACAAAUAAUUUUUGUACACUACUAAUUAUAACAUUUACAUCAUAAAAUUUACAUCAAAUUUCUUCGGCUACUGUGAUGCAUCCAUAAACUAAACAAAUCACGUGAACUAAAUUGAGAUAAAUUAUUUUCAGUUAUCGCCCAGCUUUGACAAUGUUUUCUCGAACUGUCGGCAUGGUAUUUAAUAAGAUUCAGUAGGUUUCUCUUCCUACAUGGGUCCUAUUAUCAAUUUACAAUAAAACCCUCACAAUAAAAUUUAUUGAUUUUAUAUUAUAUUCUUUAUAUCUUUUAGAGUAUCGCUGUAAAUAUGAAGCAUAUAGUUUUUCCUUGAUGUAGUUUCAUCGGUAACACUCUUCUUGAAAUAUUUUUCCAAAAAACUUUUGAAGACCAAAUUUUGUAGUAUUAUCAGGGGUAUAUUUACACAAAUAAUCGCCUCUAAGCGUAAUUGGAUUUCUUCCGUAUCGUUCAUCUUGCAGCAUUUUGACUUGUGUCGUUCUUUCCCUACAUGUAUCAAUCGUAUUCUGCUUGCUACGACGCCGUCUCCCUACGGUGGUUGGUGAUCCAAAUGGCUAUUGUCGCACGAGAAACCGCAGCUCUGAACAUUCUUAUAGAGGUCUCUCCGAGCCAUCUGCGCAAGUUUUUUAGUCAUGAAUUUUGUCUACGUCCGACCGACCGUUUUCCUUCGAUCUUACCUUCUAUUAGGCGAAGAAUCUUAUAUGGCUUGCCUAUCAUUAUAUGUCCUAUGUACUGCAAUUUUCUCUCCUUGAUUGUCGUGAAAAGUUCUUUAUGUUUACCCAAUUGCUGUAGGACCUCUAUGUUUGUGUUAUGUCAAAGAUAUCCGCAGCAUUUGCCUGUAGGCGAACAUUUCAAACGCAGCAAUGUUCUUCUCUGUGACCUCAUCCAUGGUCGGUCCAACUUUCGCAUCCGUACAGAAGAACAGAAUUUUCCACGCUUGCUCAAUUCUUGAUCUGAUUUAGAGUUUUGGGUCGCAUUGCUGGUUGACGAGCGUGCCCAGGUAUCUUCUUCAAUCGUAUUAAGACAACCAAAUUUGAAUUAAGAAGAAUGAGAUAAAGAUUGAAUCAUUUCGACACAAAUUCUUUCGAAUAUACAUAUAUAUGUAAUUUUUUUAGAAAUAUGUAUGAAUUAUGCAUUUAGCUCUAAAAACACCAGUCAUGCUCCAUUCAGGUCAAUGCUUUUAUUAAAUACUCAUACUACUUUAAAUAUUUUUCCUCCACUGGUUUGUAACUGUAUGCCUCCUACUUUAAAUUAUCAAAACUUUGUUAAUUUUAUUUUCUAUUUUCAAGUUUCCAAGUCAUAGAGAGUUAUUAAUUCAUAGAAUCUUUAAUUUUUCUAUGUAUAAGAAAGUUUGAAACAUUUUAACACAGAAGGUCUUCAAACUCAAAGAAUGUCAUCUUGUUUUUUCUGAACGAAAACAAAUCUAGGGUGGAAUGAAUUUAUACACUGCCAUAGUUUAAGACCAGCUCGACGUGUCGAUUUGCAGGCUACAAUAAAGUUUAAUGUCACUCGUUUCGACCAUAUAAAAACUUAUAAAUAUCUCUUUUCAUAUCACCGGCAAGCAACAAUAAUACUCACAGUAAUAUAAACAUUUUCGUAUAAUACAGUAACAUUCAAAUAAAAUCAUAAACAAUAAGGCGUAGGCGUAAUAAUAGCUUUUAUAUGAAAGUUUAUUAUUUAUUCAAAAUGUAACAGUUAUAAUAUUUAUUAUAAACAGAUAAAUGUGAUGCUCACUCUAUGUCUAUCAAAUUUAUUGUUGGUUACAUAUUGGAAAUUUACAUUUUUCAAUUUUCUACUAAUAUGUUUCAAAUUUAUUGAAACAACGAACAGAAUUUCAAAUUUGUAACUCAUUCUCUCUUGAACACUUUAAUCGAUUUUAACUUUUUUUCAAUUUCUCAGAUGAUAAAUGUUCACAUGCCUUUCUUAAUUAUAUACGGGGGUGAACAGGAAGUAAGCUUUUAUUAAGAUCAAUUCAUUGAUUGAAUAAUUCACAGAGGAGGAUGUUUACGAACACCAGAUGUUGUUUGAUGUUUUCGUAACAUUUGCUAUAUCGUUUGAGACUUGAUCCAUGUGACAUUUUCAAUACAUUGUCCUAGUAGACCAAAGUCGAUAAUUUUUGGAACCAAAAAAAAAUAGUUGUAGCAUGAAACCCAUUGGAAACGGAGGAGAAUAUGAUGAAAAUGAAAGGAAAAAUAAUUUACGGGCGAUCUAAGGUCGGGAAGCGAUAAGAGGUGAGUUUUUAAAGGAUAAAAAAUAGUUUAUCUCGAUUUCCGUCAAACACAAGUCUUAUGGAAAGAAGUGAAAUAGCAAAUUUUUAGGUAAUAAGGAGAUCUAUAACGUUUAUUUACACUUUUUUCACAUAACCUCAAAAUUCAUGUGAAAAAUUCAAAAAACGUUUUUAGUUUGAUUUUUUAUCUUUUUUUCUAUGAAAUUUUGAGAAAAGUUGCCUUUCUAUGUCCCAUAUACACGGUAAUUUAUUUGAUUUGAAAUAUGUAUUUUUCACGUUAUUUUGACAUAAUAUCGAAAAAGCACCCUAAAUUUCGAACGAAAAUUCUCCCGUCAAAAAAUCUGCUUUUUUUAAAAAGUCGGUGGGAUUUUUAUUCGUUGAAAUCUCUACUUUUUGAUGGUGUAAAAACAUAUUACUAUUCCCUUGAUAAACUUUCUCAGAGAAGGCAAAAAACAAGAAUAAAAAUCUGGCACCCGAAUUUUUUCUUUAAUCAUUAUGUACAAUUUGCAGUUAUUCAUUAAAUUUUUUCACUCUCAUUACACGAAAAACGUGAGAUUCCAUAGAGAUAGAGAUAAACAGAAGUAAUUGGAGUGUAAAAUUUUAAUAAAUAUAUGAAAAUUGUACAUAAUGAAAUAUUCUAAUACGAUGUUUUUUCUUUUUUUUGCCUUUUCUGAGAAAGUUCAUCAAGGGAAUAGUAAUAUGUUUUUACACCAUCAAAAAGUAGAGAUUUCAACGAAUAAAAAUCUCACCAAGCUGAUAUUUUGACUGGAAAAUUUUCGUUCGAAAAUUAGGGUGCUUCUACGAUAUUAUACCAAAAUAAUUUGAACAAAUAAAUAUUUUAAUCUAAAUAAAUUACAGUACAUUUGGUACAUAAGAAAAUAAGUUUUUAUCAAAUUUCUAGAUUCUUGUUUUUUUGAAUUUUUCACAUAAAUUUUGAGGUUAUGUGAAAAAAAUGAGAAUACAAAAGUUGUAGAUCUUCUUAUUACCUAAAACUUUGUUAUUAGACUUUUUUCCAUAGGACUUGUAGUUUUGCCUGAAAUCAAGAUAAACCGUUAUUUACCCUUAAAAACUCUUUCCCUUCCCGGCUUCAAAUCGGCCUUAAAUUAUUAUUCCUUUCAUUAUUAUUACAGUCUCCUCCUUUUCCAAUAGGUUUCAUCCUACUAUUAUGUUUUUCUCGCUUUAUUAUUAUUAAAUGCGUUUUUAUUAUAGUCAAAAUAGUUGAAGAAUGUAAAUUUCUAAAUUGUUAAGCAACCAAACUUCGAUUAGGUUAGUGACUAAUACGUAAGCUAGAUUUAGUUUGUCAAUGUACCUUUUUCCGAAUAUUAAGUCCAAACAGAAUUAUCAAAGUUCUUAAUAGAAUUUCAGAAAAAUUUUAAUUAAUUCUUAGAUAUUUUUCUGAGAACAAAAUAUAACAAACAAUGAUAAGACUGAAAUAAGUAAGAUCACAAUUUUUAAUCUUUGAAGAUAACCGAAUGUCUCAUGUAGAGAAUAACUUUUUAAAGAACUAUUCCUCUGUGAAAAUAAUCCAGAGAUUUAUUUGGUCAUUAUGAAUAGCGAUUUAAAGUAACAGCUAUAAUAGAAAUCUCAUAUCUAAAUAUUGAAUUUGAUUUAGAUGCCAAACUGAUAGAGAAGAAACAUGUGUUAUUACAGAUACUUUUCUAUUGUAAUAAAAAUUUAAAAAAAAAAUAUGAAAGAUAAAAGUAAAAGAUCCAAACAUACAAAAUACGAGAAGUUUGAACUAACCAGAUUUAGAUUUGUUCCAGUACAUAAUAGAAUAGAUGGAACUGAAAGACAGAAUUGAUGCAGUAGGGAUGGAUAAAACCUUUAUAGAACCUGAGCCCUUCUGUUGUACAGGAUACCCUACAAUUAGAAAAAGGAUUAGAUAGGAAAAAUGUUCGUUACUAAACCAAUCUACAGAACCUCGGUCUUUACCUUUAACCAAAAACAGAUCUAAAAACAAUCUAUUAAUAUUAAUAAGAGUCUAGUCGGGAUAUUGCGAACUCUUAUUAUUCUUUACUUUAGCAGAUAUUUCCAUUCUAUAUUAUGAGUUUUUCAAAAGAAUUGGGAUUUAUACAUCAGCUAUAAACACUGAACAUCCUCUAGUGCCACAAUAAGAAAAGGGGACACACCCUCUAUAUAUACAAACACAACGAGAGAUAAAAAGAAGAAUGUGCUAGCAAUAUAAAGAAAAAAAACAAACACUUGAAGAGAAAAAGGAAUUUUUUUAAAACAAUCAUUACUAAAGCAGCCAGCAAAGCCAGUAGAGGAGAAGCAGAGUAAAGAAAUUAGAAUAAUUGUUAAAAAAACUCAACUAUUUGCGACGAAAUUUAGUUACAACAAAAAUAUUAAGUAGCUAAUGCUAAAGAAUGAGAAAGUAUCGGAGAACAAAAAUUAUUUGACUUAAAAAAGAUGGAAGAUAAAAAAUAAUCAGCAUCGGUACAAGAACCUAAAAAAAGAGAAAUAAAAAUCAUAACAAAAACCGAAGAUAUACUAGCAAAGAUGAAAGUACAUUUUCAAACACUACUAGGACCAUAUGAAACAGAUUAAAAUGAAACACAAACAGUAAACAUAAUGAGCUCGCUCCCCUACGGAUGAGAUGGAACAAGUAGUCGAAACUAAAAUAUCGAAAAGAGAUGACAACAUAAAAACAGAAAUGUAUAAGAGACCAGAAAAAAUCAAAACCAUUUGUAAAUGGAGUUAAAAAUGGAGAGAUACAUCUGUGCUAUCUAAACUCAACGAAGAAUGUAACCUAACCAUUUUUGUGGGUCCUAAUUAUUGAAUGAUUAUUAAUUUUGUGGUAUCGUCGAAAAUUUAAACAUCAUCUUUUAGUACCGUUUCGCAAUAUGAUACUUUUAAUAAUUAUGGUCAACAAAAUGGUAGUUAAAGGUCUUUUCACACUUAGCAGACUGUCGUUUAAACGAUUUCUAAUAUGUAGUUAACACCGACAUGAAAGUUGGAUCUUUUUACAUUCACCCGGAUGACGGAUAUCGAGUAACUAAUAGCAGACCUUCAUUCAGUACAGGUUUGCGUUGAUUGGUGCAACGCAAUAAGCUUGUAGCGUUGAUGAUAUUGUACAUACAUUUAAAGAAGAGGAGAAAACUCGUUUCAUCCAAUCAAUAUUAGAAGAGAGGAGGUUGCGCAUUAUUUUCACUUAUUAAAGCUUUGAGAAACGAUGUGGAUAAGUCUUUAACUAUUUCAGGAUAAUUUCGAUAUAUCGUUCUGUAAUCUCUUCGGUUUGGUUCGUUCAACCGACAUAUUGGUGGUCGUUCUUUCCCAGUGAAAGUGCCGUCUUUUCCUCGCACAUCAAGUAUCGAUAUUUGUCGGUCAAGUGUGUUUACUCUCGCAUACUCUUCGUCUCUUGUAAUGUAUGCGGCGCCGUUUAUACGACAGUCGGCUAAGUGUGAAACGGCAUUAAUACUAAUAGGUUGAUCGCGUAAAUGGUAAUAAUGUUUCUUUUCUAUAAGGUUCAUUUUUAUCAUAGCCUAGCUCGCUACUAUAAUAGUUUGACUUUUUGUUGUCAUUGUUUACUGAAUAAAUUAUGCUAGCUACGAGAAAUAACAGGGUGUAUUAGCAAAAAUUAGAAACGAUAUCACCUCAUAAUACCAUCUUAGUACUAAUAAAUAAUAUCCUAGAAAUGCAGAAAGUUGAUAUAAUAUGAUAAAUAUUGUAGCUCGCAUUCUAUGUUGUAUAUUGAUAUCAAACAUAUUCAUAGCGCUGUGUAAGUGAUCCCUUUUUGAAUAAAUGGACAAUUUUUGUGAUGUUACAACAUAUCUUUGAAUAUUUUCUCAUUUUUAAUAGAGGUCUCUCAGGAUUAGUUUACAAAUAACAUUGACAAUAAUAUAAGAACUAAGAAUUGUCGCCUUUUUAGCAUAAAUAAACACAAAUUUUUGAAACUUUUGAUACAAUUUUCUUAUAAAAAUUAGUAGAAAAUGAUAAAUAGUAUAUAUUUAGGGAAAUAAUCCUGUAGUUUUUAUGUGGAGAAUGGAUUUAAAUAAAUUUAAGAUAAGUUCAGUAGCCUUAAAUCAGUUUCAUAAGACAAAUUUUUUGUUUUAAAAAGAUGAAAAUUAAAUUUUUGAGUAACAGUGAAAAAAUAGUGAUAAAGAAUAUGAUACUAACGCCAUUUAUUUAGACUUUAACAACACAUUUUUAAAACAGUGAUUUAAAAAAAACCAUUUUCCAUGUAAACUAUAUUUGGCACUUACUUUUUAAAUAUUAUGCGUAAGUAUCUUGCACACAUCUUUUUAGAUAACGCACUUUAUUAGAAGAUAUCUUAAUAUAUGUGUUUUUGAAACAUUCGCUAAUAAAUUAGUGUAAAAAGUAUCACAGUCUUAUGAAAAUAAGCAUCAAUUGUAUAGUGAAAGUUCCAUAAAUCUGUAUUACCAAACGGUUUUAUUGAAAAUACUAUUUGCUAAAUCAUUAAAGCAUUAUUUUAAAUUUUUAUUUGUCCACAUUAGUGUCCCGUGGAAAGGUUAGUACAUGAAUUCCAAACAAAAAUUAAUUUUAGUAACAAAUAUACAAGUUUAAAGUGAAAAAUACCAACACUAUAUACGAGUACACUUGUAAUAAUAUCAAAAACAUAUAAACUUGAAAUAAUUUAAUCUCGAAAUACUCAUUUUCAUUCGAUUCAGAUUCAAGAGCUUGAAAGAAUUUAACUCUUAACUUUAAACGAAGCUCCUUUUGAUUGGAACCCUGACAUUCAAAAGGCUGUAUAAUAUCUUUAAAAGAACUUUAUUAUCAGAAGAAAUAUACUAGGCAGCUUAUGUCUACAUAAUUGCCUUGGACAUAGAAGCAUUGGUCAUAUCUGUGAACAAUAUUCUCUCCAUAAAAUGCUUCUGCCAAUACCUGGAUGUGAAUUGAUACGGUUUCUUUGAGGUCCUUGUCAAUUUAGAAACUUAGGUCUCAUUUCUGCUUCGAUUGAGACAAAACAGUCGUUAGAUCGAGACUUUAUGGUGGAAGUCUCUAACUACAAACAUUUUCGUGGUUCAAAACAAUGCUAAAAAUCAGCAUGCCUCCUAGUUUAUGUUUAGUUACUGUUCAAAAGUUUCACAAUAGAAAUCUGCAUCAAUUGUUGUCCAGAACUCCACAAAUAACUUUUUGGUUUUGUCCUAACGUUAGAGGUUUGUUUAAACUUUGAUGGAUGUGUGAGUAUCUAUUUUCAUGACUUUAAAAAAUGGAAUACUCCAACUUAUAGCCCUUCGGUUACUUUUGUGGUUGUCUGCCACCUCUGUGAGACACAACCAGCGUAUAGUUUUUAUAGUUUUUUCUCACUCUUCAGUAAUUAUAUGGAAUAUCUCUAAACUUUCGUAAAUUAAGAAACCUGACUUGUACAGUGGGUGUGUGUAACUUAUAGUCCUUAUAGUCCCCGUUAUCUUCAUCCUUGUCAAUAAAACCAUAGACCUAUUGGCAGAAAUACGUGAAGGUAUAAGCGAAAGUUGAUUUUAAAAUUUUGUAUCUGAUCCACGAUAUGCCGGACUAUAUCAUAUAAGCUUCAGGUUUUAGACCUGGCAGUCGUCGAAUGUACCAAACUUUUGUUUCGAUCUUAUUUUAAGGAGUCUCUGUUUUUUGCUGUUAUCUAAUGUUUAUUUUCGUUAUUUGGCAAAUUAUAAAUGCACAAAGGUUUGUAUUUUCAAACAAAAACCUUGGUAAUACAAAAGUGAUUUUGGACAAAAUAUAACAAUUUUGUGAAUUCUGUUUGGACAAAUCUGUAAAUAUGAUUUUUGCUUAAACUGAAUAAAACGAUGUAUGUUACCUUACAGUUGACCUAUGAAAUGUAUGAAUAUAUUUUUUGUAAGAUUGAUACCAUCUGAACCAAAAAUUGUGCUAAAUCCCGCAUAUAAAUGUACACCUCCGCUUUUACUUUUUCGUUGACGCGAAUACGACAAAUUUUGGUUCGGUUUGUAACUAAAAGUGUUAAUUUUUUGAAAACGUGCGCCCUAAUUUCCACUUGUUAAUUUUUGUUAAAUGAAAUACAGAUCUAGUCAGAUUUUAUUCUAUUCGUCGACGAAUUGAACAGCUGAUAUUCUUAUUCAUAAUCACACAAUAAAAAACGAUGGAAUUUUUAGUUUAAAACGUUCUCAAUAAAUUUGUUUGAUGAACUGAAAAAAAAAACUGCGUAAUAUUCUAGAGCUGAGACGAAAUAAAAGAACGGGAAUGCUGCAAUUGGUGGACCUAUGUCUUUACUGUACAUAUUGGGGUAGUGCCAUUAUUGCAAGCUAGUUUGAAAUAAUUUUCCAGGGUGUGAAUAUUAUGUAUAUUCAUCUUAUCAUAGUAAUGUUUUUCCCUGAUCUAGAUAAAACAUAGAAAUACUCUCAUGCUCAAGAAUUCCAUUGGAAUAUGCAUAUAUAGCAAUUGCAAUUGCCUAAAAUUUUCAUGGUGGAUUUAGAGAGUGUUUCUUAGCUGCAAAAUCAAACAAUCCUUGUUCCGGUACUGAACAAUUAAAUUUUGAGGACAUUACUCUAAAACCAAACGAAAUUCGAAUUAAUGAAAAUUAAAACUUCAGACGAGGAACCUGAUUUCUCUUAUGACGAUAGUAUAUAUUUAGAUUUUAUCUUUGCAAUCAUAUAAUUUCAAUUGUCGUCCUUCUAACUUAUCUCAAAUAUAGUUUAGUAGUAUCAAGUAUAUCUAUUGAUUAAUAUACUAGAAUCCUAUUAUGAAUUGUGGGGUUAGAUCAAGUUAUUCUACACACGUUGCUACUCAUUUGAAAUCAAUUACUGGCACAAAUCGUUAACUGGUCACCGUUAAGUCACUACCAAUAUUAUUCAAUAGAACCUAGCAGACGGCGCUUCUAGUUAGUAACCUUAGUAACUAGUAGCACCGCCUGUUAUGUUUCAUUAAAUAGCAUUGGUAAUGACUCAACGAGGACUAAGUAGUUAGUGAUUCGUGUCAGUUAUUGCUUCCAAAUGAGUAGCUGCGUAUGUAGAAGGCUUCAGAUUAACCUUUAGAAAUUUUCAAACAAACUAAUAUUAUGAAUACGGAUAUCGUUUUUUGAUUCGUAAACAAUAAAUUUAUUGUAAUUUAUACAAACUCUAUUAAUAUAUACCUACUUCCAAUCUUUAUCAGUAUGUAAAAAAGUGAUAUUCCUAUGGUGUUUAUAGUUUCUAUGUUGCAUCACUAUAAUAAAUUAUUAUUUAUUGAAA